CUUACGGCCUUACUUGUUACCCAUACCCCAUGCUCUUCUGCUUUUCGAAAAUUACAAUCACCCACCUUCCAAUAAAAGCGCACACGCCUUCGUGCACCUCCCCGGUCUCUCCCCCUUUCCUCUCCCUUCCCCCUUCCCCCGCCUCCGCCAUCGCCGACGCCGACCCCCACACCGGCCGACGCGCGAGCCCCGGCACCAUCUUCACACGAGCAUAAAUGGGUGAUGCGUGUUUCUCAACACAGCUAAUUGAUGGAGAUGGGAUCUUCAACGUCUCCGGAUUGGAGAACUUCAUGAAGGAUGUCAGAUUGGGUGAAUGCGGGCUGUCCUAUGCUGUUGUAUCAAUAAUGGGCCCGCAAAGUAGUGGGAAAAGUACACUUUUGAAUCAUCUUUUUGGCACCAAUUUUAGGGAGAUGGAUGCCUUCAGAGGAAGGUCACAGACUACCAAAGGUAUAUGGCUAGCGAAGGCCCAGAAUAUUGAACCGUGCACCCUUGUAAUGGAUUUGGAAGGAACUGAUGGAAGAGAGAGGGGAGAGGAUGAUACAGCAUUUGAGAAGCAAAGUGCAUUGUUUGCUUUGGCCGUUUCGGACAUUGUGUUGAUUAAUAUGUGGUGUCAUGACAUUGGCAGAGAACAGGCUGCAAACAAGCCUCUUUUGAAGACUGUUUUCCAGGUCAUGAUGAGGUUGUUCAGUCCUCGCAAAACAACAUUGUUGUUUGUUAUACGUGACAAAUCAAGGACACCCCUAGAAAAUCUUGAGCCAAUUCUAAGGGAAGACAUUCAGAAGAUAUGGGAUGCUGUUCCGAAACCCCAUGCCCAUAAAGAAACUCCAAUUAGUGAAUUUUUCGAUGUUCAAGUUGUCGCACUGUCGAGUUAUGAAGAAAAAGAAGAGUUAUUCAAACAGCAGGUUUCUGAUUUAAGAGAUAGGUUUCAGCAUUCAAUUGCCCCUGGUGGACUUGCUGGGGAUCGUCGUGGUGUUGUCCCAGCUUCAGGUUUCUCAUUUAGUUCCCAGCAAUUUUGGAAAGUCAUCAAGGAGAACAAAGAUCUUGAUUUGCCUGCUCAUAAAGUUAUGGUGGCUACUGUACGUUGUGAGGAAAUUGGUAAUGAGAAAGUUACCAGCUUUAUAGCUGAUGAGGAAUGGCAACAAUUUGAGGAGGCUGUCCAACAUGACUUUGUUACUGGGUUUGGGAAGAAGCUCAGCAGCCUUCUGGAUAGAUGUUUAUCAGAGUAUGACAUGGAGGCUAUUUAUUUUGAUGAAGGUGUCAGAAGCUCGAAAAGACAACAACUUGAGUCUAAACUGUUACAGCUUGUCAAUCCUGCCUAUCAAUCUCUUCUAGGUCACUUACACACUAGAACUUUAGAAGCAUUUAAGGAGUACUUUGGCAAGGCCCUAGAAAAGGAGGGAUUUGCUGUUGCAGCUUGCAAUUGUACUGAAACUUUCUUGGAGAAGUUUGAUAGAGGAUCUGAAGAUGCUGCUAUUCAACAAGUGAAUUGGGACACCUCAAAAGUGAGGGAUAAGCUUAGACGUGACAUUGAGGCUCAUGUAGCUUCAGUUCGGGCUGCUAAAUUGUCUGAACUUUGUGCGAAAUAUGAGGCACAACUUACCAAAGCUCUGGUGGAACCAGUUGAAUCUCUUCUAGAUUCAGCCAGUGAAGACACGUGGCCAGCUAUUAGAAAGCUUCUUCAACGCGAGACAAAAACUGCUGUUUUAGGUCUUGAAUCUGCUGUGUCAGCUUUUGAACUCGAUGAAGCAACUGAGAAAGAACUGCUUGCGAAGCUGGAGAAGCAUGGAAGGAGUGUUGUUGAGUCAAAGGCAAAAGAAGAAGCUGGAAGGGUUUUGAUUCGCAUGAAGGACAGGUUCUCAACAUUGUUCAGCCGAGAUGCUGACUCUAUGCCCAGGGUGUGGACAGGAAAGGAGGACAUAAAAGCUAUAACUAAAACCGCUCGCUCAGCUUCUGUGAAGUUGCUUUCUACAAUGGCUGCAAUUCGGUUGGAGGAGGAUGGUGAUAACAUUGAGAACACUCUUUCCCUUGCUCUUGUUGACACUUCAAGACAUGGGACUACAGAUAGGAGUAUCCAAUUGUCCGAUCCACUAGCCUCCAGCUCAUGGGAAAGGGUUGCUGAGGAGAAGACUUUAAUUACCCCUGUGCAGUGCAAAAAUUUGUGGAGGCAAUUCAAAGCUGAAACUGAAUAUACAGUCACUCAAGCCAUAGCUGCUCAGGAAGCAAAUAAGAGGAACAACAACUGGCUCCCACCUCCAUGGGCACUUGCUGCAAUGGCUAUCCUUGGAUUCAACGAGUUUAUGACAUUACUGAGGAAUCCGCUUUACCUGUUUGCCAUAUUUGUGAUUUAUCUUGUUGGAAAAGCCCUUUGGGUGCAAUCAGAAAUUGGCAGGGAAUUCCAACAUGGAUUUCUUCCUGCCAUCCUUUCACUGUCGACGAAAUUUGUUCCCACUGUAAUGAACAUCCUGAAGAGAUUAGCUGACGCGGGUCAAGAACCUGCAGCAGCCCCCGAGAGGCAAAGAGAGAUGGAGCUCCAACCAAAAUCCACCAGGAACGGUUCCUUAUACAGCAAUGUGACAUCGGCAGGGUCAUCUAGCGUAACCACUUCGGAGAUUGGACCUGAAUAUUCAAGCCCGGUUGUGCAAUGAUUUUGCUGAUCUUUAGCUUUUUGGCUGGAAACAUACUCUAGCAGUUGAGAAAAACAGGGUGCCUCAAGAACGUACGAAGAUUUUGGUGCCUUGCAGUUUUUGUAAGCUUGCCCUUCCCAGACUGAUUCAAGGUGGCACUGCCCCUCGUUGUUAUUCAAGGAAUUUUGGGGCUGGCGGGGUUGUUUGUAAGAGCAUUGUAAAAUAACUUGUUUCAUUUUUUGGUUUCUGUAACAUGAAUACAUGACAUGUGAUAGUUGUAUAUAAGAUCUGUGGACUGGGGGCGUAUCAGCGCAUUCUACACAGCUAAGGGUUGCAUAGUUGCGAGAACUGAAGCAUGUAAAUGUCUUUAAACUGCCAUCUGAUUGAGAUGCAGUAGUACUGCUGUUCUGGAAUAAGACAUGUCUGCUUUUGGGGAAAAUGAUUCAAAAAAUGUUUCGUUUGAA